CGGGUAUGAUGCCCGGUGGCUAGGGUUAAAACGUACGUACGGGAUCCAAGAACCAAACUUGAGUACCUACUCGUUUGGGGGUACCACCCACCCAACAGUGAACACUACGCUGUCGGUUUUUGGUUGGCCUUAAGUGAAGGUAAGUUUAAGAUUUCCAAAACCCUUUUAUCUUAAACUAGGCCUAGCUUAAGGAUUAUUAGGAGUACUCUGAAUCAAAAUCGUUUGUUAAGCGACAACUCCUUGCAAAACUUCGUUGAAAUACCAUACAAGGAAUUUGAUAAUUAUCAUUAGUAUACAUUGGCUGAUCGAACGAUGUUGGUAUUGAUAACUCUUGACGAAGAAUUCUUCAACUAAAGAUCGAUGGUGGAAACCUUAUAUAGGUAAAAGCAAAACUGAUUUCUAAACCGACCGAGUUCAUCUCGAAUUUAUGUGUGCAACCCCUCAACCAAAAAGGAGCGUAAAGUCUUUUCGUGUGAAGUCUACGCGAAAAGAAACUUCUGAACUGAACGGUAGGGGCAGUGCGGCGUGGCUCGGCAGUGGCAGCCGCGGCGUUGUCCGACCGCUUGAGGAAGGUUUGGUUGCUGAUUGUCCAAAUCUUCGUGGCCUUCGUGAGCGGGCCAACGGUGGUGGUUACCUUGAACCGUUCAAGGAUGUCCAUCACCAAAAACGGGUACGGGAGGAGGUGAUCGUGGUCGGUGGACGCGGCGAUCGUCAUGUUGAUCAUGACAAACUUUGCCCAAUUGAUUGGGGCCGAAUGUAUGAUCGCAUGGAUGAGCUUGAGGUCUUCCCCGUGCAUGAUGGUGUGGCCGUGCUUCUUCGGUUUGAGGAUCCGGGAGACGAUGUAGAGGACGAGGCGGCCUUCGGGGUUGGCGGAGUGGAUGGUUGGGCGUCCCGAGGCAUGGCGUUUGAGCUCAGUGAUGCCAAGCUCGUUGAGGAUAAGGCCCUCGGUGUUGAGCACCUAAUCCUCUCCACCAUAGUGAGACACAUCGUCGCCUUGGAAGGGGAGGCCGGUGAUGCGCCCAAGCUGCUCCACGGUGAGCUCGAUCGGCGUGCUCUUGACAAGCGAGUAGAGCACGUCGUCCUCACGCCGGAGGUUGGAGUAGAAGGCUCGGAUCAGCGCCGGGUUGAUCUCCUUUCGUGCCCGGGAGACGAACGGCCAAAGGCCGGCUUGAUGAAGCUGCGCGUCGAGGUCAUCGUAGCCCUGCAGCUCCGGGUAGCGCUCCGGGAUGAUCCGUGGGGGAGCCACAACCCGUUUAGAGAAAAAGGUGAGAAAUCGGGUGCGCUCCUCCUCGGAAUCGAACCAGAGGUACGACCCAUCGCCGUAGUAGAGGCAUUCCUCGGAGGUUGUGGACGGUGCCCGGGAUUUAGACUUCGAUUUCCCGGAGGUAGCAGCCCUACUCUUGUCUUUGCCCAUGGUGAUGAAGAAAUCUCAAAGAAAAUGUUAGAGAGGAUAAAAUAUGCAAGGAGAUUGAAGAAGAUUGAGUUUAGAU